AUGGCAUCUGCAAUACACUUCUGUGAUAUCAAGGGGAAGUCCUUGCUCUCACGUGAUUACAAGGGAGACGUUCCUUCCAAUGCCAUUGAGCAUUUCCCGUUCAUUCUCGUGGAAGCCGAUGAAGAUCCGGCUCAGGCCUCGCCUGUUGUGGUUUACAACGAUGUGAAUUACUGCUAUAUAACACACUCGAACCUUUACCUCGUUGCAUUGACCAAGAACAACUCCAAUGUUGCGCAGGUUUUCCUAUUUUUGCACAAGCUUGUCCAGGUGCUGACGGACUACUUCAAAGAGCUGGAGGAGGAGUCCAUAAGGGAUAACUUUGUCGUGAUUUACGAAUUGUUGGACGAGAUGAUGGACUUUGGUACUCCCCAGAUCACGGAGACGAAGAUGCUGAAGGAGUACAUCACACAGAGAUCCUACCAGCUGGAGAAGAAAAUGAAAAAGGCUCAACAGUUGGGUCCUCCAAGUGCGAUCACCAAUGCUGUGUCCUGGAGAAACGAAGGUAUCGUCUAUAAGAAGAACGAAGCGUUCUUGGACGUUAUAGAGUCCGUUAAUAUGUUGAUAAAUCCACAAGGGAAGGUGCUCCGGUCCGAGAUUCUGGGUAAGAUCCAGGUGAAGUCUCACCUGAGUGGUAUGCCAGAUUUGAGAUUGGGUUUAAACGACAAGUUGACCAACAACGCCAAGGGAGUAGAAAUGGAGGAUGUGAAGUUCCACCAGUGUGUUAGACUGAGUAAAUUUGAGAGUGAAAAGAUUAUAACCUUUAUCCCACCUGAUGGUGAGUUUGAGCUGAUGAGUUAUAGACUCUCUACUCCAUUGAAACCUCUUAUCUGGGUCGAUUGCAAGAUUAACAGACAUGACAACUCCAGAAUUGAAAUCCUGUGCAAAGUCAAGGCCCAGAUCAAAAAGAAAUCCACUGCCAAUAACGUUGAAAUCCUGAUUCCAAUUCCAGAAGAUGCGGACUCUCCGAAGUUCAGAUAUAGCCAUGGUUCCAUGAAAUGGGUUCCAGAGAAAUCUGUUAUUGUUUGGAAGUUGAAACAAUUCCAAGGAGGCAAGGAGUACUCCAUGGCUGCCCAGUUAGGGCUGCCAUCAGUAUCGAUGGAGGAAAAUGCACAUGAAGUUAAGAGACCGGUUCAGGUGAAGUUCCAAAUUCCCUACUUCACCACUUCUGGUAUUCAGGUGAGAUACCUGAGAAUUAACGAACCAAAACUACAGUACCAAAGUUAUCCAUGGGUUAGAUACAUCACACAGAGUGGUGAUGAUUACACCAUUAGAUUACAAGAUUGA